GCUAUCUUCCAUGCCGAAGCUCUCCCACGGUGCAAGAUCGGCAGCUAGUUGUGUUGAGAUCGGCUGCGUGUUGUGUCGAACGAAGAUGGCUGCUUCAGGUACAGAUGUUCAGAGCAAACUGGCAUUAUUAGCUCUUUUGGUGCUAAACGAUGCAGAAAUACAUGCUACUGAGAGAAGAAGAAAGAAAGAAUGGACGAAAAACUGGAUUAAGAGGAGAAACGCUGGGAAAGGUGUGCUCUCCAUGCUUCAUAAAGAGUUGAGGAUAGAAGAUCGCACAUCCUUUGCAAAUUUUAUUCGAAUGGAUGUACUGGUAUUUGAAGAACUGCUUCGUAUGGUUUCGCCUUUGAUUCAGAAGAAAGACACGGUGAUGCGUCAGGCAAUUACGGCGCGGGAAAGGCUUGCUGUCACACUGCGUUUCCUAGCGACCGGAAACACUUACAAAGAUUUGGCCUAUUCUACACGAAUAGCGAACAACACGCUCUCCCGUAUGAUACCAGAGACUUUGACGGCCAUAGCAAGCGUGUUAGGAGAUAAUGCUAUACAGUGUCCACGUGAUCCUGCCGAGUGGAGAGUAAUAGAAGAUGGGUUCCACAGCCUCUGGCAAUUCCCGCAUUGCAUUGGAGCACUUGAUGGGAAACAUGUCAAGUUUAGGCCUCUGCGCUCUGAUGGUUCAUCAUUCAGAAACUACAAAGGUCACGACAGCAUAGUUCUUUUAGCUCUAGUAGAUGCUAAUUAUAAAUUUUUGUUUGUGGACAUUGGCAGAAAUGGAAGAAUGAAUGAUGGUGCAAUAUUCAGAGAGAGUGCCUUGUUCAUGAAACUCAUGGAUGGUUCAUUAAAUUUGCCACCAAAGUCUCCACUUCCAGGUAGUGACAUCUGUGUUCCCUACAUGUUUGUGGCAGAUGAUGCUUUUGCGUUAAAGGAAAAUUUAAUGAAACCAUAUCCUGAACGUGACAUGACACCUGAAAAAAGAAUUUUUAACUACAGAAUUUGUAGAGCACGUAGAGUUGUGGAAAAUGCCUUUGGCAUAAUGUCAAACAAAUUCAGAAUUUUGCUGCAGACUAUUCCACUAUCUGUUUCCAAAGUAGAGCUCAUUACAAAAGUGUGUUGCUUGCUACAUAAUUUUGUACUUGCCAGAAACUCUCAAGGAUAUAUCCCUCCAAAUGUAGAUGAAUUACCAUGUCUUCCUGGCAUUGCUACUCAGGGUGCAAAUCAUAGUGCAGCCAGUGCCAGAGAAGUGAGACAACAUCUGACAUGGUAUUUCAAUACUGUUGGCAGAGUUCCAUGGCAGGAAAGGUGUGUUCAGGAAGGUAACAGAUAAUGGUUUAAUAUGUUUCUGAGACAUUACCUUAUUCAUUGUUUCAUUUUCAGUCCUUUGGCAUAUUGACAGUGAUUUUGUGUGUGUGUGUGUGUGUGUGUGUGUGUGUGUGUGUGUGUGUGUGUGUAGGUGAGAGAGAGAGAGAGAGAGAGAGAUAAAUAUAAAUUUAUAUGUAUCUAGAGAGAGAGAGAGAGAUAAAUAUAAAUUUAUAUGUAUCUCAAGCAAUGAUUGGAACCUGUGCAAGACCUUGCAAAAAUCUUAUCUUAUUUUGUAUAACGGCUCCACAAUUAAUUACCUGGGACAUGUAGAGAGCCACUAUUAUGAAAUAAUAUUGUUCUUGGAUGGUUAUGAAGAAGGUAUGGAAAGACCUACUAAACAUUUAUGUAUCCCAAAUUAAGUUUUGGAAGACUGUAUUUGUGGUAGUAAGGUACUGCACAAUAUUUUUUUUUGAUUGAUAGCACUUGGAUGUAUAUGCUUAUUUUUAUUUUACUUAUUUAUUUAUUCAUUCAUCCAAGGAUCAUUUAACAAUUAUCUGGUAUUUGUCACCAUAAUACAAUGGAAAGACAUAGUUUGUAAAUAUACAUAUAUGUGUACAUAUAAGUAUGCUUUUGGGAUAGAACAGCUGGUUGGUUGUGGCCUUGACACAACCUUGAGGAGGGGUAACAUAAAUCAGGAUGGCCAAAUAGGGCCGGCUACAACCUCUAAAAUAUGAGGUUACUAUUCUAACAGUUGGAUUGGCUCAUCUGUUUAGCCCCUAUUGUACAAUGUUCUUUGAUUUAAGUACUGUCUGUUCCAGAUAACUUAUAAUACAAAUGUGGUUUUACUGUUCACUUUUGGACACGGAACAGCAUUUAGUGAUAACUCUGGAUCACAAAUUUGCUGCUUUACACUGUGCUCUAACUUUAGUCUGCUUGGAAAACUGGCUCCACACUGGUAGACAUACUUCUGUUCCCACCUCUGUCCUGAGUCUUCAUCCCCUAUCAUUCACUUCAGAUAUUGGCACAGGAUUACAGUAUUUUACGGUGUCGGGAUGAUGAUGUUAUCCCAUAUUACUAUUAACCGCUUCCAUUAACACUGUAUCAGUGAUUCCCAACCUUUGUGAAACAAUGUUUCUGCAUGGAGUCAGAUAUUAGCUGCUACCCAUGCACAUUAAUUUUUGUUGCUACUACUUUUUGAUAACCUCUUUUUUUAUAGAAUGAUGGUGGUAGUCUCAGAACAACAUGUUAAAAUUGGUUCAUUGUACUCCUGUUUGUAAGCCACUUGAUCUUUUAGACUCCUUGCAUUUGAAAUACCAGUAACUAGAAGACACCACUUUGCUACUGUUCUGCGUGAGGACUUAAUAAUAAUAAUAAUAAUAAUAAUAAUAACUUGUGUGGCACAAUGGCAAAGUGCCUUUCUUUUGAUGUGAUGCCACUUCGGCAACUUGCAUAUUCCUAAUCUAAUACUUUUAUCAAGAUGGGACAUGUCAUUUUUGGCAGCUCCUCACAUCACUGAAAGGGGAAUGCUACACUGAAGGCAAACUGAAAAUUUUUGUGGUCUGAACAGCCUUAAAUUUUGCUUCCUGUUUUCAGGCACACUAUCACCAGCCUCCUUUAGCAAUGUAAGAACUAUUACCUACUUUCUAUUAAUUUUGAUUUAUGUUUGAAACUGCAAAGAGAAUAAUGAAGCAAUAUAUGGUUAAGAGAACUAUGUACAACUCUGAGAAUAUAUUUAGGCAUUUAUGAGGUCUCAAUGUUGUCAUAGAUGUCUGCUACAAGGUAUGUGCAUUUUUUUAUCAGUUGCAUAAAACUUUCUUAAUCCGUAUGCAUGUAUUCAAGAAUAUUGUCUAUAUUUCUAUUCAGACAAUAGAUGUCUGUUUUUGUGUGAAAGAGAUUUUCUGCUGUUCGUUUCUGUUUUUCUGUUCCAGAUGCAGCUGCCGAAACACCAACUACAUGAUAGGAUUCACGUUCAAGAAUGCUUGUGAAGUGUUCUGAAGAAAAUACUGUUGCAGUUCGUGUGUCCAUAUUUAAAAAGUGUACAGAACAAAGCAGCCAUGUAAAAAGACAUUUUUUACUGUGUGUGUGUGUGUGUGUGUGUGUGUGUGUGUGUGUGUUGAGCUAACUGCAGCCAUUAUAUAUGUUAUGGGAUUAUUUGUUUAUUAAGUAAAUAUCAAGCCAUCCUGACUUGGGUUUUCGUGGUUUCCCCUUGUCGCUAAGGUGAAUACCGGGAUGAUGUGUCUAAAAUGCCACGGCCGACUUCAUUCACAUUAUGUAUUUCUCUGAUACAGUUGUUAAAUUUAAUAGGCAAAUACAACGCAUAAACAGAA